AUGGCCCCAGGCUCCAUCCGCCUAGCCACGGCCUCGCCCGCGACGCAGCCCACGACGGCCCAAACGCUCGCGCAGAUCCGACACAUCGCCCAGCGCGCCGCCUCGUCCCACAGCGCCGACAUCCUCCUGCUCCCCGAGGCGUACAUCGGCGGCUACCCGCGCGGGUCGGCGUUCGGCUGCGUCGUGGGCGGGCGGUCUGCCGAGGGCCGCGACGAGUUCGUGCGGUACUUUGAGGCGGCGGUGGACCUGGGCGAUGUGGUGGGGGACGGAGGCGCCGGUGGGGGCGAGGCCUGGGUGCGGCGGGCGCUGCCUGUGGAUGAGGUAGUGGUGGAUGGUGGCGAUGGCGAGGGGGGGAAGAGCAGGAGGAGGAGGGGGGGGGACGGGACGAGGGAGGAGCUGGAGGGGAUUGCGGCCGAGACGGGGGUGUUUCUUGUCGUGGGGUGCAUUGAGAGGGCGGGGGGGAGUUUGUACUGCUCUGCUGUGUAUGUUUGUCCCAAGAGGGGCAUGAUUGGGAAGAGGAGAAAGGUCAUGCCGACCGGCACAGAACGCCUCAUCUGGGCCCAAGGCUCUCCUCGCACCCUCCAGGCCGUCUCCACCAUCAUCCGCGGCAUCCGCAUCAACAUGGCCGCCGCCAUCUGCUGGGAAAACUACAUGCCCCUCCUCCGCCAGACCCUGUACGCCCAGAACGUGAACCUGUGGCUGGCCCCGACGGCCGACGGGCGAGAUGCCUGGCUGGGCCUCGUCCGCACCAUCGGCAUCGAGGGCCGCUGUUUUGUCGUGAGCUCCAACAUGUGUAAGCGCCGCGAGGAGGAGGAGGGAGGAGAUGGUGAUGAUGAUGAUGGGGAGGACGUCACGCCGUACGGGCAGGAGCAGGGCCGGCGGACGAGGAGACGGUCUGUCAUUGAUGAGAAUGGCAAUGAGAUUGUCCUGUGCACCAAGGGGGACGAGGGGGUGAAUGGGACAGCUGAGAAGACGACGACGACGACGACGACGACGAGGGGUGAAAUCAAGAAGAAUAUCAACAACAAAAAGAAGACGGGCGAGGAGGCUUUCAUUUCCCGCGGCGGGUCGUGCAUCACGGGCCCAUUUGGCGAUGUCCUUGCUGGGCCGCAGUGGGAAGACGACGAGGGCAUCAUCUGGGCCGAUGUGGAUUUCAAGGACUGUAUCCGUGGCCGGCUGGAUCUGGAUGCUGGUGGGAGCUACUCGAGAAACGACUCGUUCAAGCUUUCUGUUGAGGGCUUGGACCUGCACCCGUUGCCAUACUUUUGA